GUGAGAUUUUUGAGAGAAUUUACAUCAAUAUUUAGCAAUACACCACCUUUAUGAAUGUCUUAAGUGAUGCGGACUACCCAGGUUUCCAUCCUGAUAUGAAUGAAAAGGCAAAAUCACAUGAAGCAUGUGAUAAGAACUGGAGUGGUAUCACUGCUUCAACUCCCCAUCACUGUUCUAAGCUCCUCUGGCUGCCUGAAUGUACAGAAAAACAAGUAGACAAGGGGAGUUAUAAUACUGUGAAGAAAUCCAAUGAAGGCCCUUCAUCUGAUGUCAUUGAGGAGCUCUUCUGUCCCACUCUGCCCUCUGCUGCUCUGGCCCCUCUGGCUCUCGGAGUGAACCAGGGCCCCCACAUCGAUGUCAUCAAACAGGGCUAUCUGGGAAAGCAAGAGCAAAAGCACAGAAGAUAUUUUGUCCUGAGAGCUGGAAGUCACUCCGGGCCUAGUCGACUUGAGUGGUACAAAACACAAGAGAGGUUCACAGCAGUGGAAACGUCUGCUGGCGAAACAGGGCUUUUUGGCUCUCACAAGCAAGGGGUCAUUUUCCUGAGGUGCUGCCUUGGUGUGAGUCUGAUCACAAGCUCCAGAAAAGACUACAAAGUUGCCCUGUAUGCUAAAAACCAAACCUUAGUGUUUGUGGGGAAGGAUGACGAAGAACAACAAGAGUGGUACACGGCCAUUAAGGAGCUGAUGGAGGAAGAGCUACAGGAUGCAGACAGAGAGGACUUUGAUGAAGAGGAUGCAGGUUACUGCACUUUACCCCCGGCUUCCUUCUUUAAACAGGUGUGGCCGGUCACUGUGAAGCCCAGAGGUCUGGGCCGCUCCAAAGCUCUCACAGGUGAGAUCCUUUUGUGUCUUACGGCUUCUUCUCUGGUCUUAGUCCGAGUGGGCCAUGACCAUGAACUGCCCUCAGUCACGCUGCCCCUGCUGGCUGUGCGGCGCUUUGGUCAUUUGGAUGGAUCUUUCUUUCUGGAGCUGGGCAGAUCUGCUCCUCAUGGGCCUGGAGAGAUCUGGAUGGAAGCAAGUGAGGAAGGAAAUUUGUCACUGGCACAACAAAUUCAUGAGAUUGUCCGUGAAGCGGUGAGGGCUCUAAGAGUUAUUCCAGACUUUAACUGGUCCUCAAGUCCCAGUAAGAGCAGUGGCUCUCUGUACCACAGCCUCUUUGCCCUAAAGCGUAGCCGCCCAAAACAAAGGGAGAAGCAGGGCCACUGUAGACCCAGUGGCCCUCAGGUCUUAUGUGAAAGCCUGCACAGUCACAGCCAUAGUGACCCUGACAUGGAGGAGACACUGAGAACAGACAGUGUGAGGACAGAGCCCAGCUCUGAGCCAGAGGCUGAAUGUUACAUGGAGAUGAAGACAGAACAUUCUCCACCUAGAGAGGGGCCUGGAUAUGUGCUCAUGACCCCACAGCUCAGUCAGAGCCUCCAUCAGGACGACUAUGUAUCUAUGACCAGCCCACAGAAAGAGGCUCUGACCAAACAAGCAUCACUCUCUUUUCUACAGACCUCGUUCAGGUGUCGCUCAGAUGUGCAGACUCCACCGCCCUGGACACUGUUCUCAGGUCAACAGUCUAACCCACAAGGUGUGACGGUUUGGAGCACCUCCUCCCCCAUGAGGAGAUCUGGGGGCCUCAGACCCAUCUCCCUGUUUGGUAGAGGGUCUUUGGAAGUGGCCAGUUCACUGCCUACACCGCAGCAGACUGUCAGGGGAGGCCUGCUGUCAUGUCUGCCAUCCUGUCUCCAGCCAAACAGAUCAUGAUGUCAUCACAGACGGAGAAGGCAGUUUGUAAACAGUAUUCAUCUGUUGAUUGUGAAAGGCAGUUUAGGUUAGUUUACCCCAGGAGCUGCCAAUUCUGUGUUGGAGGGAAAAGUGUGAUUUUAGUCUCCCAUUUGAUACAGUGUGUGUUUCUGUGCACUGAAAUCUAGAAUCGCAGAGAAAAUAAAGCAAUACAAAUACUUUUGACCAUGUUUGCAAAUUACAAUUAAAAUCAAUUAUAGAAGCGCACUUAUUUGUAUGUCAGCAUUAGAAACAUGACAUUAUGAUAAAUAUAAUUAAUUGCAAUACCUCUGAGAAAAAAACAUUUUUCCUCAAACUAGUCAUGUUUAUGUUUGUUUGUCAUUAGUGCGACAGUCCCUGCUCAACUGUUACAUGUGUGAACCACAGAGGCACAGGCCAAUCUGAGGUGUAAAAAAACAAUGAUGCAACAGGCGUAAACAGCACAUCUGUGUUCAACUUUUUCAAAAGUGACUUGAGUGAGUUUCAUGAUAAAACUUGAAUGAUAAAUAAAACCAUAUGAUGCC